UCGGAUUAACUGUAUUUGCCAUCAAAAAGUACGUGGUCUUCCUGAAGCUGUUCCUGGAGACGGCGGAGAAGCACUUCAUGGUGGGACACCGGGUCAUCUACUAUGUGUUCACCGACCGGCCGGCCGCCGUGCCGCGCGUGGCGCUGGGCCCGGGCCGGCGUCUGCAGGUGCUGCAGGUGCGCGCCUACGCGCGCUGGCAGGACGUGUCCAUGCGCCGCAUGCAGAUGAUCGCCGACUUCGCCGAGCGCCGCUUCCUGGGCGAGGUGGACUACCUGGUGUGCGUGGACGUGGACAUGCGGUUCCGUGACCACGUGGGCGUAGAAAUCCUGUCGCCGCUCUUCGGCACCCUCCAUCCUGGUUACUACCGGAGCCCCCGGGAGGCUUUUCCCUACGAGCGCCGGCCGCAGUCCCAGGCCUACAUCCCGCGGGACGAGGGCGACUUCUACUACUUAGGCGGCUUCUUUGGGGGGUCGACGCGGGAGGUGCAGCGGCUCACCAGGGCCUGCCACCAGGCCAUGACGGCCGACCGCGCCAAGGGCGUCGAGGCGGUGUGGCACGACGAGAGCCACCUGAACUGGUACUUGCUGCACCACAAGCCCACCAGGGUGCUGUCCCCGGAGUAUCUGUGGGACGAGCAGCUGCUGGGCUGGCCGCCCGUCCUGAAGAAGCUGAGGUUCGUGGCGGUGCCCAAGAACCAUCAGGAGAUCCGGAAAUCUGAUCCUGAGAGCUCUGAGGCCCAGCCUCCCGCCCCGGACACAGGGCGCUAG